UGUAGAAAAAGCCAAGGUCAAAGCGGCAGCCGCCCCACCGGGUCCAUCCUUCUACUUCUUCGGCGGUUCGAGAUUUUAUAAGGAGCUGUAGCUGACACCGACGACAGUUUGUGCAAAAAAUCUAGUGACGUACGCGUCGCUGCUCAGACGAGAUGGGAAACAAUACAUUAAUUCAGAUUAUGGUUCUCUUCCUGCUUUCUACUGUUGAAUCCGACGUCGUUAAAGAGGACUUGGAGCCGGCUGAGGCAAAUGGAAAAUUGGAAAUUAUUAAGCAGAUCAAGAAAGUCAACGAUGAUGGUUCCUAUACUAUUGGCUACGAGGCGGACGAUGGGUCAUUCAAGAUCGAAAGUCGAGACGUUUUGGGAAAUAUCAAAGGCACCUAUGGUUACAUUGAUGAUAAUGGGGAAAUUAAACGGGUAUCGUACAGUACUAGCAAUAGUAGUGAAAUAUUACCACCUACUAGUGAACCUGCGUCAGUUGUUCAAAGAAUUCCAGCGAAAAUGAACAGAACUAAAUAUACAAAUACUACUCCUGGUCCACCAAUUACGACAACUAACGUAAUUCAAGUUGUACCACGGAGAAAAGUAGAAAGCACAACUACCAGAGCUACUACCACAGAUUUAUACGAGAAUUCAACUCCGGCUAGAAUACUAGCCCAAGCUAAACCAAUGUUAAGGUCAACACCGAAUCCCAAAGAAGGUCAAUUGUCCCGACCUGAGGUAACUAUAAAACCCACUGAAAUUCCUUUAUAUAGAAGAAUACCACCGAAACCAACGCUGCUAGAUGAAGAUAAACCAGUAACUGAGGAGACAGAACUCCGAGGAAACCUGUUGAGGAGACAAUUACCUCAAGAUAAGAUGUUUGAUCCACGCCAGCAUGCACUCAAUGCUCAACAAGCGUCUGGUCACGAUUCACUUGACAUUUACAGUCCUUCAGUUACAACAGGUUCUCCACAUCCUCUAUUCACUACUAUAAGACCCAGAAUAGUCCCGACCACACCAGCUCCAGUAAUUCAUCGACCAACAAUAAGAUAUCCUCAAAUUUAUCACAAACCUACUACGGAUUAUCCUCAAGAAAGUGCAAGUGAAGUUGCCGUUACACCAAGUCCACCGAUUGUUCAAAUUCCAGCGAAUGAAGAUGAACCACAAAGAGUGGCUCCAUACGUAGAAUUGAGACAUCCAUUCCACCGAGGUGCAAUUUUAGUACCAGUUCAACAUAGAAGAAUCGAGGAACCGUAUUAUGUGAGGAGGAUGCCUACUAAGUUUAAGCCAAUCCCAGUUCACGUGGACGAGAAUGGAUUUAUCAGAGAAGUCCAUCAGAGGCCAUUCGUUACACAAUCGGAUAUAAUUAAUGAGGUUGAUCAAAUUAAGCCUCCAGUCAGCACGCGUGAUUUCCAGAAGCUCUUGGAGCAGCUCAUUCUGCGUCAAACCAAUUUAGAAAAAAUAAGCACCUUAACUCAAACGCGACCACAGCAGAUGUACUAUGAAAACACCGGACCCGUCCAAUUCGUUCCACGUCCUCAGUAUUAUACACCGUCGCCGCCUCAAAAUUACCACCCGACCAAAAGGAUGACCGCCCAAGAAGAAGAAUACCUCCCGGCUCCAGUAAGAGAAAUGCUUCUAUUGAGAAUGCUUCAGCUUGCCAUCAAUCCUGCAUUACCGCUAGAAUCUUCCGAUAACAUUGAGUCCGCUACAACACCGAUCCCAAGGAAAGACGCCAUUCGAAACGUCGAAAUUCUGGGCGAAGAAGAGGAACAUAAGCGGCCAAGCAGAACUAAAAGGUACAAAGAGAUCGAACUCGAUUACUUCGAUUAAUUUACAAACCCAAAUUUACUUCGAAAAACCGAAUGAAAAUUAAUAUUAUUUAAAGUACAAGCCAAAGUGUAAAGUAAAUUUGCCAAAGCGGUUUUAUGUAAAUACAAAAUCCUAAAAACCUACCACUCCCUAAACAAAAAUCUUAUAUAAACAUAUAUAAUUUAUUUUUUUAUAACAUCACCAAAGCUUUUAGAAAAGUGUUACGAAAGAAACAUUUUGUA